GAUCCUUCGGUUCAGUUCAGACUGAGGGCACGUGGGACCCACCAUGAAUGAGUGGGUGAGCGCCACGUGUGAGGGAGCAUCUCCUCCAAUCGCACCAACUCAUCGAUCCAUCGCCCGCGCUUUUCUCUCUCGUCCCGCAUCGACCGACGCGCUCGCCCAGCCCGGCCCCUCCCGAUCGCCCGGAUCCCUGACGCCGCCGUCGGCGUCGCCCGGCGCCACGUACGUGUACAACGAGGUUCGGCAAAACCGCCGCCCUCGCCGUCGCCGUCCUCAUGCACGUGACGUCGCCGCGCGCGUCCUUGGGCUCGACGUUACGCACGCACCGGCACCGAUCGGAGGAAUCAUGAGGCUGGCCAUGGCCAUCACCAUGCCCGCCCAAAGUCCGGCUGCGUGGUCUCCCUGAAGCCGCGCGCAGGCCGUCUCCGUCCCGUGGAUUCUUCAUAGUUUCAUACCCAUACAGCCAUACUUACGUUCCAGACGAGAUCGAUGGAGCCCCGGCGCGACGCGGUGCUGCGGGAGCUCGGGGAGGCGUGGGACGAGGUCGAGGAGGCGGAGGAGGACCGGCGGGCGGCGCUGCGGGCGCUGGAGGACGACUGCCUCGCCCUGUACGGGGCCAAGGUCGCGCAGGUCAGGCACCACGCCGCGCGCCUACGAGCGGAGGCCGAUGCCGCCCGGGCCGAGCUCGACGCCCUCCGCGCCGCCAUCGGCCACGACGACCCGCGGGACACCGUUCGGAGCAGCGGCUCCAGGAGGAGCCUUAGGGAGCAGCUGCGCGUGGUCGCGUCGGAGCUGGAGGACAUGAGGCGGCGCAGGGACGAGAGGCGGCGGGAGCUCGCGGACGUGACGGUGCUCAUUGACCGGCUCAAGCAGGAGAUGAGGCCAACCGAACCGCUGCACGUUGACGCCGACGGUAACGACCUCACCAUGAAGAGGCUCCAGGAUCUCAGAGCGCAACUGAGGCACCUCCAAUCAGAGAAGGAGAAUCGAAUCAAGAAAAUGGCUGAGCUCAGGGACUCCCUACACGCGUCCUCCUCGGUUCUCGGCAUGGAACCGGCAGAAACCACCACCAGUUUGCAAGAAGCUGGCGCCGGUGGCGACAUCAGCGACGGCGCGCUCGCGAAGCUGGAGUCGGAGUCCGAGAGGCUGCGAGAGACCAAGCGUGGCAGGAUGCAGAGGCUGCAGGACCUGGUGGUGGCGAUGCUGGAGUUGUGGAGCCUGAUGGACACGCCGGCGGAGGAGCAGAGCCGGUUCCAGGGCGUGGCCUGCAACGUGGCCGCCUCCGAGGACGAGAUCACGGAGCCGGGCGCGCUCUCGGCGGAGGCCAUCGGCGAGGUCGAGGCAGAGGUGGCGCGGCUGGAGGGGCUCAAGGGGCGCCGGAUGAAGGACCUGCUGGCUAGGAAGCGCGGCGAGCUCAGGGAGAUCCAGCGCCGCGCGCGCAUCGUGUCUGCGGUCGCGGCGGCGGAGGAGGACCACGGCGAGGAGAUGCUCGUGCUGGACGACGACGGGGAAGGCGUGGCGGAGAGGACAUUGGUGCUGGCGCGGCUGGACACGCAGAUCUCGGAGGCCAGGGACGAGGAGAUCAGCCGGAAGGACGUGCUGGAGAGGAUGGAGAGGUGGCAGGCCGCCCUCGAGGAGGAAACCUGGCUCGAGGAGUACAGCAGGAACGAGAACAGAUACAAUGUUGGCAAAGGAACCCACCUCGUGCUAAAGCGCGCCGAGAAGGCACGCGCCAUAGUCAGUAAGAUGCCAGCAAUGGCGGAGUCCUUGAUGGCGAAGGUGGUGGCAUGGGAGAAGGAGAGAGGCGCCAAGUUCGUGUAUGAUGGUGAGGGACUUUUGGACAUGCUGCAAGAGUACGACAACACGAGGAAGGAGAAAGAACAAGAGAGGAAGAGACAGAGGGACCAAAGGAGGCAGCAGGGGCAAAGCACGGUGGAGUCGCCGGUGGCCAGAGCUCUCCCGAAGAGCAUCAAGAACGUGACGAGGACACUAUCCAUGGGUGGAGGCAAGAAGAUGGUUGUGUCAUCGUCAUCAUCAGCAUUGUCUUCAUCGAGGCCAACCACUCCAAGCUACCUCAAAUCUGCGUUAUCAUCACGUAGGAGCGACGAUGGGUUGUCACCAAAUUCUUUUGAGUGAGAUAUUUGGGUGGCUUGUUGUUUGCUAGGAGAAAAUUAAGACACUAGAUCUCGUGAAUUAAGGAUGUCGAUAAAACUUCUGUAUUCUCAAGAAGGAAAGAGAGUGUCGACGUAAUGAGAGUUUUAUCUCUACUAGAA